AUGAAUAAAUAAUAAGACAUUAAUAGAAGACUGGCGUUGUUUUAUCAUCCAUUAUUUUUAUAAUUAGUUGAUUUAUGGAUGUCUUUGAUGGGAGAUUCAAAAAUAGGAUUCAUAACUUUUAUUGAAUUAAACAUCAGAUUGCAAAAGGCAUUAUUAAUUGAGUUUAAUUUAAAAAAUGCAUGUACUAUUUAUUAGAAAUUGAGUUAUGUCUGCGUUGAAUGAUUGGUUGAAAGAAGUCUAAGAUUGUUAUGAUUUGAAAACAUUAUACAUAAUUGAACCAAUAAACAUAGAAAAUGAAAUAAAAUAACUUCCAUUUGAGCCUACAUUAAUGGCAGAAGAUUACAAUAAUUUUAUGAUAGAAUUUUAAGACAAUCCAGCAUAACAAUAUUUGAAUGUUAAAAUUAAUUCAGAAAUACUUGGUAAAUUUUUUUUUGAUUUAUGCACAACUUGGUGUAUUCAUUUAGACAUAGAACUUUUCCAUAUUUUUGGAUUUACUUUAUUCUUUGCAGUUACUAAUGGAGAGAAUAUAAAAUAAUCAUAAUUGAUGGCAUUAAAUGAUAUACAAACAUUGCCAAGUACAUUUUUUGAAGAUUUUUCAAAUUUAAAGAUUACAUAUUUAAAAUUCAAGAAGAAAAAUUUAAUUUAUUAUAGAGCAUGGUGUGAAUGGAAUUAUCUAAGAAUGCCAGAAAUAGGUGAGAAUAUGUUUGAUAAAUUAAUAUCAUUAUUUCCAGAUGAGUAAUUAUAAUAAUUAUUAAAAUAGUUAAAGAAUAGAGAAUUUUUAUGAUUACUUUUCAAAUAUUAUUGAAAUAGUUGGUAAAGAGAUUGCAUCUUCACUUUAAAAUUAAAAUGGGAAAGAGGAUAAAUUAAAUUAGAAUAAUCAAUAAAUUCAAUAAAAUUAAGUUUAAUAAGAAACUACACAUUAAUAAGAGUCUAAAGAUGAUGAAUAAAAUAAAUAAUCUAUUGAAUAAGAUGAAGCAAUGUUAUGGUAUGAACAAUAAAAAAAAGAAUUGCCUGAUGAAUUUAGAGGUAAGAAUUAAAUUUUAUACUUAGAAUAAAAAUCUGAUGUUCUUGGAAGAUGUUAUUUAUAAUAAAUUCAACCUUUACCACCAGAUUUAUUUAUUUUGAAAUAUAAUGAAAGAGAAAAAUGUUAUGUAUUAGAAAGGAAAGUAAAGAUCCCAAUAAUAGGAAUUUAAAAACCUAUAAUAAACACAACUGGAACUGAAAGAAUUCAUUUAUAAAAAUAAUAUUUUAAAUAAGAUAAAGAUAAUAGUUUAUUUUAUACAAGUAAUCCAAUUAAUGAUGGAAAUGUAAUAUAAUAAUAAAUAGCUUAACCAAAAUUAUAAUUGCCUUAAGUAAGAAAAGAAAAGGCAUAAUUUGAAAGAGUAAAUAAGUCAUUUUCAUAAUAUGAUAGAACCUACACUAAUGAUAGAGGGAAUGUGCUUUUGCCCUAAUUUGCUUAAGAAUAAUUGAUGUAAAGAUAAGCAAAUACUUCUGGAAUUAAAUUGUUUGAGUAAUAUUCAACUGAAAUAAAUGUCAAAAAAAGAGAAGUUAAAUAAGAUCUUCCAUUAUAAUUAAUUAAAAAUCCUAGAUCAAAUUUUACAGUUGAUAUUAAAGAUGAUGCUAAUAAAGAAUUAGGUAGGAUCAAUCUUACUCCAAUUUAAUCAUUUAGAUAAGCUUCAUAAUUACAUAAUACAAAUUUAACAUUUAAAUAAAUUCAAUCUAUUGAAGAGAAUAAGCAUCUAUGGCAACCAGUGAUGACUCAAGAAGAAAUGGAAGUUUUGUUAUAAGAUGAGAAGAAGUUUUAUCAUAUUUUACAUCUCUUAAAGUUGAAAUUCAAUUUCGAGCAUAGAUCAGAAUAUUUGAAGCAGUUUAAACUUAAAUUAGAGUAUGUAUCUAAAAGAGAUGAAAUGGGAGGAAUAUUAACAAAUGAAGAUAGAAAAAGAUUUCAUGAAAGAAUUACUAUGAUUCUGGAAAGAGAAAAGAAAAGAAAGAAACGAAGAAGAAGAAAUAUUGUGGAUCCUUAUAAAUAAAGAAAUAGGAGUUGGUCAAUUAAGACUAAGUUUAAAAACAGAAAUUGUAGAGAGUAGUUUAAAUAGAUUUUUAUAACUCCAUUGCUUUAAUGA